AUGGGGCUCUCGUAUAACGUCUACCUGAACAGCCACAAGAUCUACGGCUGCAAGAACUGCAAGGCGCAUCUCUCGAACCAUGAAGACAUCAUAAGUCGAAAUUUCCGGGGCCAACAUGGGAAGGCGUAUCUCUUCAACAACGUCGUCAACGUUACGGCGGGCGAUGCCAGCGAGCGUAAUAUGACCACAGGCAGACACAUCGUGCGAGAUAUUGCCUGCCGACAGUGCAACGAGACGGUAGGCUGGAAGUAUGAUAAGGCAUUUGAGGCGAGCGAGAAGUACAAGGAAGGAAAGUACAUCUUGGAGGCCGAGUUACUUUGCAAUGUGACAUGA